AUGACACCAUCUGCGCCCAAAUCCAUCCUCAAGCGCCCCCGCGCAGCCGUCGAACCCGAAGUCGAGGAGCAGCCCAUCGCGCCCGGGCAGCCCAUCUCGGAUGAGCCCGUUAACGUGACCGCGGAUGCAGGGGACGAGGAAGAUGACGAGGACGAGUCAGACGAGGGCCUGCAGGCGGAUGAAGACGAGUUCUCGGUCGGAUCGGACGAGGACGAGGAGGGGAGCGAGGACGACGAGGAUGCGAUCCGGGACAUGCUUGAGGAAGGGCAGGAGCGGCCAGUCAAGAAGCUGAAACACACGACCCUCCGACCAACGACCGCAACCUCCUUCUCCUCUUCGCUGCAACACCUCCUGUCCCUCCCCGCGACCGCCUCCAACCCCGUACCAAAGAACGCCCCUCCCUCCGCCGCCACUCUCCGACUCGAGCGCCGCGCGCGUUCCGUCAUCCGCGAAACCAAAGCCCAGCACUUCUCUCGCGGCCAUGUUCGCGACGUGAUUGGCGGGUGGGGGUCGAGGCCUCCCCUGCCGUUCAGUCAGUGGGAGAGCCAGGCUGCGCGCGACUUUGAGCAGGCCAAGCGAGGGGGGAAGUUGGAUGAGGACGAGACGGGCGCCGAGAGGGAGAAGCGUCUGCGGAAGCUCGCACAGAGGGGUGUCGUGAGGUUGUUCAACGCGAUCGGUGCAGCGCAGGGAGCGGUGGGCAAGGACAAGGACGUCGAGGAGCAGGAGAAGCGGAAGAAGCUGGCUGUCAAGGUUGGCAUCGCAGCAGGAGAGAACGGGUUGGCGAGCGCAGGACCGACUGUCAGCCGGCGGCCGAACGUCUUGGGUGCCCGCGGCAAGAACGAGGCUUUGUCGAGUCUAUCGAAGGCGUCGUUCCUCGACCUCAUUCGCGCGGGUACCGGCGCGUAG